UAUGCAAGUAAAUUCAAUUCCAAGCUUGGUCACAGAAAGAAUUGAACCAGUAAGUCAAGUUCACGCCGUACUUCCUGUUGGACGAUGACGCCGGCUGCUGCUACUGCACACGUGCAAAAUGUUGUUGCUUGGCGUUGCCAUGGAGACGCCCAUGACUUCUUGUCCUGUGAGUCACGCCGGCCGUUGAGCACAAAGUACAAACAAGGAGUGGUGAUCUAGCGGCCUUAUUUGUGAGAAAGAAAAUACUUGAAGAAAUGCACGACUUAAUCAUGCUCUAACAUUUAAUUGGAAUGUUUUAAAAGGGACAUCAUUAUAAUGAUGUAAAAGUAAAAGAAAAACUUCUUUUUGUUUAUAAAUAUUUGUGUGUCAGGAGUUUCUGUCUGCCCAGCAAGUGUGAAAUUAACCAAUUCAGUCUUUGGGACUAUCUGAAAAAUUGUAGGGUGGCUGAAUAUCCAGAGCCUCUUUUAAGCCCUGGCCAGAGGCUAGCUGCCCCGGACUACGCUGUGUGAAACACUAUCAUGUCAAAAGGUGUUCAAGUGGUCCACCUGUUCUGCUCUGCAUUCCCAUUCGUCACACACACACACACAUCGAUGGUGCGUCAGGUUAAUUCUUCAAGGUCCCACGAUACAUGACGAUCAAUGGCGGGCCACUUCAGCAGGCGCAGUCUCUCGGACAUGUUGACGCUCGAGCGAUCUGAGCGAGGAGGGUUGGUCAUUUCCAACAUCGACGACAUUGAGGGAGCCAAUCAGGAGCUUAGGGAAGGGGACGAAGUUGUAGGGGCGACCAUCAAGUUCGACCAUCUGUCCAAGGAGGAAGUGAUGGGCGUCCUGAAGCUGAUGGAGCCGUACAAUGACAAAAUCCAAGUGCUCACCAGAAAAAGCAUGAGCAAGAGUGUAGAGAAUCUUGACCAGUUUGCCGUCAGCCCUGAAACGAUGCUGCAUGAUUCUUACAGCAAGCUCUACAACACCAAAAUCAAGCGCUUCAUGCGUAAGGACUUGUCCGAUGGCGAGGGUCUGAGAGACUUUGUGCAAACACUCCCUCGCACUGCCAAACUCGAGACGAAACAACACUCGGACUUACCUCGUCUGGGGGUGGACUUUGGACGCCUAAGUCCCAACACACUGGUCAGGCGAUUCAGCGCCGACUCAGAGUCCAGUCACGCUGCCUACGCGUCGGGAGCGUUUACGCAGGGGCCUAACCUCAACCUGCCGCCUCUGAGCAUGGGCCAGGUGAAUGCGAGUCCACGGGUUCACGUGCCACAGCUGCUGAAUGGUCACAGUCAGUCGGUGAACACGAGUCUGGGCAGACCUAACGGCAAACUUGGCUCUGAGUUUUAUCUCAACGGAGACGACGUGGAUGCUACAGUGGCCCUCGGAGGCGCUGACAGGAGAUUCCAAACAUACAACCUCUCUGAUAGUAAUGCAGAAUUUGACGUGGAUGGUUAUGACGCCUCGCCCACAAUGCAUCUGGCCGGACCGUCAUCUCGAUUAAAUGCGCCUCAGUUCAAUCUUAACGGCCGUGGUAGACAAUUGGGUCUUCAGGGUUCCGCAUUAAACGUGGACGGGCCCUCAGGGGACUUUGAUGUCAAAGCACCAAGGAUUAGAGGUGAUUUCAGCAUGCCAAAUGCUCAACUCCAAGGGGUCAGUGUGCCCGCCCCAGGACUUCGGUCCAAGAUCCCCGCUGGAAAGUACAAGGCCCCUAAGUUUUCCAUGCCAAGGUUUGAUUUACCGACUGUUGAGGUUCCAGACUUUGUUGGGGAUCUACCUGGCACGGACAUUUCAGGCAUGGAUGUCAGAUUCUCCAAGCCAAAUGUCAAAGGUCUGAAGACAGCUGACGGGAGUUUGAAAAGUCCAAAGAUAAAAGGGGGCUUUGAUGGUCCUGACUUGGACCUCAAAGGUCCCGGGUUAGACGUUGAUGCUCCAAACAUGCCAAAAUUAAAGAUGCCUAAAUUUAAUCGUCCGAGCCUUAAAGGACCUGAGAUAGAUGCAGACUUGGAUGGUCUGGACAUGGACACCAGUGCACUCAAACUCAAUGCUCCCAGUGCUAAUUUGGGGAUGCCAGAUGUUGAUAUUGAUGGAAAAUUCAAAAAGCCAAACUUGAAGAUGCCUGAUUAUGGGCUCAGUGGUCCUAACCUGGACCUCAGGUCUCCUGACCUGGGGCUCAGUGGUCCUAAUCUCCGAGGGGGAGUCAAUGCCCCAGAUCUUAAAUUACCAGACUCACCAGACUUUGACCUACCAAAUGCCAAACUAAACAUGCCGAAAAUAAAGAUUCCAAAAUUUGGUCGUCCAAGCCUUAAAGGUCCUGACAUCGAUGCAGACUUUGAUGGUCCGGACAUGGACAUCAACGCACCCAAAUUUAAACUCAAAGGUCCCAAAGAUGAUUUAGGAAUGCCAGAGCUUGAGUUUGAUAGAAAAUUUAAAAAUCCUAAUUUGAAGAUGCCUGAUUAUGAUCUCAAUGGUCCGAACAUGAACCUCAGGUCUCCUGACCUGGACCUCAUUGGUCCUAAUUUCCAAGGUGGUUUAAAUACACCAGGUCUGAACUUGCCCAAACUCGGUCUUAAGACCCCGACACUGGACCUCAAAAGCCCAAAUUUGGACCUGCCAGAUAUUCAUGCCCCAGACCUGAAUCUGAAAGCUCCAAAGAUAAAGGGUGGAAUCCAUGGUCCUGACUUGGAUUUACCCAACGCGGACCCUAAAGCUCCCAAGUUACAUAUGAAAACUCCAGACAUUAACAUUGGAUCACCCAAAACAAAAUUUAAGUUUCCUAAGAUGAAGAUGCCAAAAUUCAAGCGUCCAAGCCUUAAAAGUCCUGACCUCGAUGCAGACGUUGAUGGUCUGGACAUGGACAUCAAUGCACCCAAAUUCAAACUCAAAACUCCCAAAGCUGAUUUAGGAAUGCCAGAGGUCGAGUUUGAUCGAAAAUUCAAAAAGCCAAACUUGAAAAUGCCCGAUUUUGAUCUCAACGGUCCACAAAUAGAUGGUCCCACACUAGACCUCAAGUCUCCUAACCUGGACCUCAGUGGUCCUAAUCUCCGUGGUGGAAUAAAUACAACAGAUCUGAAUAUGCCUAAACUUGAUCUCAAGACCCCCACACUGGACAUCAAAACCCCAAACUUGGACUUGCCCGAUUUUCAUUUUCCAGACCUGAACCUGAAAGCUCCAAAGAUAAAAGGUGGCAUUGAUGGCCCCGACUUCGACUUACCCAAUGCGGAUCUUAAGGGUCCCAAGUUAGAUAUGAAAACUCAAGACAUCAACUUGGGUUCACCAAAGGCAAAACUGAAGAUGCCCAAAUUAAAGAUGCCUAAACUCGGUUGGCCAAGCCUUAAAAGUCCUGACAUCGAUGCAGACUUGGAUGGUCCAGGCAUGGACAUCACUGCACCCACGUUAAAACUCAAAGGUCCCCACGCUGAUUUAGGGAUGCCAAAUAUUGAUAUUGAUGGAAAGUUAAAAAAGCCAAACUUGAAUAUGCCUGAUUUUGAUCUCAAUGGUCCAAACAUAGAUGGUCCCAACCUGGACAUCAGUGGUCCUCCUCUCCAUGGUGGAAUAAACGCACCAGAUCUGAAAAUGCCAAAACUUUAUUUCAAAAGCCCCAAACUGGACCUCAAAGGGCCAAAUGUGGACUUGCCAGAGCUUAAUGGACCAGACCUAAACCUGAAAGCUCCAAAGAUAAAAUCUGGCUUUGAUGUUCCCGACUUGGCUUUACCCAACGCGGACCUUAAAGCUCCUAAGUUAGAUCUGAAACCUCCAGACAUCAACAUUGGAUCACCAAAAACUAAAUUUAAGUUUCCCAAGCUAAAGAUGCCCAAGUUGAAGCGUCCGAACCUUAACGGUCCAGACCUGGAUGUUGAUCUAGAUGCUCCAGAUCUGGACAUCAAUGCCCCCAAUGUCAACCUCCAAGGUGCCAAACCAAACUUGGAUCUUGACAUUGGUGGUAAACUCAAGAAGCCAAACUUGAGAAUGCCAAAGGUGGACCUGAAGAGCCCCAAACUGGACCUCAGUGCGCCAAAGUUGGACCUCAAUGCUCCAGACUUGGAUGUCAAGGCUCCAGACUUGAACCUGAAAACACCAAAAUUCAAAGGCAGACUCAAGGUCAAAAGUCCGGACAUCAACGUUGGCUCACCCAAAGCAAAAAUGAAAAUGCCCAAAGUUAAAAUUCCUAAAGUCAAUCUGCCAACCCUGAAUGGACCAGACUUUGACAGUACAGACUUUGACAUUGAUGCGCCAGACGUGGAUUUAGGAAGACCGUCGGGCAAAUACAGGAAGCCGUACUUGAAGGUGCCUGAUGUGGAGCUGUCGGGUCCAAACGUGAGGUCACCAAAGUAUCAUGGGAAGGUCAAACCACCCAACGUCGACGUGAAUGUCAAAGCACCAAAAGUCAAAGGAUCUUGGGACACCCCGAAAGCGGACCUGCCAAACAUGGACCUCAAAGCCUCGAAGAUGGAUUGGAACGCCCCAGAAGCAAAAUACAGAAAGCCUCACAUGAAGAUGCCGAAAGGGUAUGACACGGACCUGAAUGGAGGCGUGCGGGGUCUGGACCUCAGUUUCCCCGAAGUGAGAGAUCCAAAUUUGAAACCAACAAUGCCAUAUUUAGACAUGGACGACAUCAACCUCAACGGACCAGAUGUGAGUCUGUCAGGAACCAAUGCUAAGCUCAGAACUCCAGAUCUGGACGUGGACGACCCAACGCUCAAAUUCAGGAAGUCCUUGCACGGUGGCUCAGGCGUGGCACUUCCCGGGCUUGACUUGGGCCAGGACUUGACGCAUUCACACUUUGAGGGGGGGUCCAAAUACUCGAUGGAUGCUGACUUGGGUCGCUAUGUGGAUUUCACGCGUUCGGACCUCAACAUUGACGACUUCACCGGGAAGCACCAUGUCCCCAGAGGCAGAGGGUCUGACCUGGAUCUCCAGCUGCCAUCGUCCUCUGGGGGGGUGACGGCUGACCUGAGGGGCCCCCGACUCAGUGGCGCCACACUGAACGCCGACUCCAUCUUGCAUCCGAGUCACGCCGUGAAGGCCGCCCACACUUUAAACGAUGGCCGCUGGUCGUAUUCUCCGAAAAGAGUUCCCGAUACCUCAGACGGGUACCUGGUGACUGUUUUCCCCACGCAGGAAGAAAGCGAGAACAGGCUAAAGCAAAAGUAUGGCACACUCGGCGGGCUUAACUUUGGCCCCGGAGACGUCAACCUGGAAGUUCCCGAUCAAGAUGAGCUGAAAGGCUCCACAUUCCUGUUCUCCAACCUUGUUUAGUAGUAUUGCCGCAAAAUCUAUACUUUUUUAACCCAAAAAGACGAUACGAGACACAAGCUUUGUUACACUGGAUGCUUGUUGUCUGUUCUAGUUUGGUUUGCACUGUGCAAUACUAUAUACUGUGUAUAUAUAUAUAUAUAUAUACCGAAUAUAGACAAAAAUCUUCUGUUGUUGUUCUGAUAUUCUUGUGUUAUUCCUGUGACAUUCUUCUAAUGUUCUUGUGACGUUCUUGUCGGUCCUCCGUCGCCCUUUUGAUGUUUUUGUCAUUCAUCUGACAUUCCUCUGACGUUUUUAUGUCAUUCUUCGGUUCUUGUGUCUUUCUUAGGAUGUUCCUCUAACAUGCUUCUAUCAAUCUUCUGUUGUUCCUGUCUUCUGACGUUCCUCUGUCAUUUCUUUUUUCUGACAUUCUUCUGAUUUCCUCUGUCCUCCCUCUAACAUUCUUCUGUCACUCUUCUGACAUUGUUAUUAUUCUUUUGUACUUCUGGCAUUUUGUCUGUUCUUAACGUUCUGACAUGAUGAGACAGUCUUCUAACAUUCUUCUGUCGUUCUCAUUUUCUUGUGACAUUUGAUUGACAUUCUUCUGAUAUACAGUAUAUACAUGGGGGUUGCAAAAGUAGGUAUACAGUUGUAAAAGUUAUACUAUUUUAUAAAGUUCUUUUUCAUUUACCUUCUUUGUCACCCCAUGGUUGACUUUAUGAGCACAUAACAUGAGUUGCCCCGUGGAUGGAGGGCCAGUUGAAGGGCCACCAUGACCUACAGACCUCACCCCAUGUCGAGAAAUUGGUAACAAUAAAGACCUCCGUGUCAAAGUGGAGUUGAAUGUAGAAAGAAUGCCAGCAAUUUGCACUCACGAGAGAUUGAAUUUAAUGGUUAUUUGUAUAUUUUUGUGAAUAAAUAAAUGGUUUGUUUUCAUAAUAAAAACUGUAUACCUACUUUUGCACUCCCUGUAUAUACACAUUCAGUAUGUAUGUCAUGUACCUCAAUACUGACUAGUGUGACUAGAUUAGAUAAGUUGAAGUAUUUAAAUGUAAUUGAAUAGAAAAAUGUGUACAUUACUGUUUUUUUGUAUGAUUGGUUGCACGUGUGUAUAAUCAAUCCAUCCAUCCAGCUACCAUAUCGCUUAUCCUCACAAGGGUCGCAGGCGUGUUGGAGCCUAUCCCAGCUAUCCCAGGUACACCUUGAAUAAACAAACAACCAUUCACACUCACACCACCUGCAGGCAAUUUAGAGUCUUCGUUGAACCCACCAUGCAUCCUUUUGGGAUGUGGGAGGAAACCCACACAGUCAUGGGGAGAACAUGCAAACUCCACACAGGCGAGGCCGGAUUUGAACCCGGGUCCUCAGAACUGAGAGGCAGAUAUGUCACUGUAACUUCUUGUACUUGUAAAUGUAUGUACUAUACAUUGUAAUAAAUGAUGUGCAGCUCGUUCAAGUGACAUUGAAAUACGCAA